AAAUAAGUUAAUUAUUGAAUUUAGCAUCAGGCCCAUAAAUGAAACACAAAUAGGGCCUAGGGAUUCCUUCUUCCUAAUCCUCUUUUCUCCAACAAUUUUGAACUCUUUGGGAAUUACUGUUGGCUACAGAUAAACAUAAUUUUGCUCUUUGAAAUCCAGAUAACUUGCUGAUUUCAGUUGGGUUUACCGGUGAUCGGCUUCCUGAGUUGAUCCGAUUUCAAGAUUUUCAAAACGAGGAUAGUCGCCCGAUCUUUCGGCCGUUCAGUCCUCCUCCUGAUUUUCCGACCCUGGUAAUUAUUUUCCGAUCAUACUUUUUGUUGACUUAGGGUUUUGGUUAUUGGGCUUAAGUGAAUUUGUUUGCUUGAUCACGGAGCUGAUGAGUGCGCGAUUAUGAGGAUUUUCGUUUCCCUAUAACUUUGGGGGAAAAGGUUGCUCCUUGCUGAAUGAGUGAUUGAAUUCAAACACUGUGUCGGCAUUCUUGAUGUUGCGUGUAGCUGCUGUCGUUUUGUAAUUGUUAGGAUUGGGCAGUUUCCUCCACAAAAACCAGAGGCACCUAUUGGUGGUUUCUAUUAGUUGGAGAAGUAAAAAUGAAUUCCCAUGGACCAAAGGAUCUCGAAUUACUUAAAGACCAUGGGGAUGAUGAGACUGAUGCAAAAACCAGUCUUCCGAGCCAACUGAAUGAGCCUAAAAAAUCCCAUAUGGAAUUUCUCCAAGAUACUGACAAAGGAGGUUCAAUGGCUCAACAAAUGUUCUCAAAGAAGACGAACGAUUCUUCAUUAUUCGCGGAAAAUGACGAAAAGAGCUGUAUGAAUCUUUAUGACGCUAUAUCGUAUCAAAAUAUUGAAGCUGAAGACAAUCAGACGAGCAACUCGGAUACCAAUAAUCACAAAGAUGGGAAGUACUUUUAUUACGACACGCCCCUUUACGAGGAAACUGGGAUCUGGAUACCCGUUUCCAUUCCCCCCAUGACAGAAAACGAGCACCAAGAAUGGACUCGAGGGUUUUGCUCCAACGGCGGGUACAUUCCGGAAGAAGAUAUGGGCUGGAACCAAUUGAUCGUGAACGAUAAAGAGCUGACCAUGUGGGACAUAGUUGUGGAGAUGCUACUCGUUGCACGAGGAAAAGUGUCUUCCCUUGCAUCAGGGGACAUCGGGCAAGUUUCUUGGAUAUCAAGGCACCUAAUGGAGCAGGCAUGGAAGGAAAUGGCUCAAACCCUAACCGAGGCCAAUUUCAGUCACACCCUAGAGAUUCUUGAAUCCGAGCCUCCCAAAUGGCUGCCCGACAGCUCAGCUUCUUGCUGCAUGCUCUGUAACGUGCGUUUUCAUCCCAUCAUGUGCAUGAGGCAUCAUUGUAGGUUUUGUGGAGGGAUCUUUUGCGGGGAUUGUAGUAAAGGGAGGAGCCUUUUGCCUGGGAAGUUCCGUACGGGAGAUCCAGAGAGAGUUUGUGACGUGUGCUGCGUGCGGCUCGAGUCUGUGCAGCCGUACUUGAUGGAUAGGGUGAGUCGGGCGGCGCAAGUUCCGACGCACGAUUUGACUGAUUUGAGCACUUUGAGGUCGUGGGUGAAUUUCCCUUGGGGGCAGUCGAUGGAGUAUGAGAUUUACAAGGCUACAAACACGAUUCGUGGUUAUUAUGCUAAGGUUGGCUCCUUGAGGCCGGAGAAGCGAAUCCCUGAAGCCAUUCUAAAGGAUGCUAAAGGCCUUGCCAUACUUACAGUCGUGAAAGUUGGUAUGAUGGUAACCUAUAAUAUCGGGACUGGCCUAGUGAUUGCUCGUAGGGAAGAUGGAUCGUGGUCUCCUCCUUCAGCCAUUUCUUCCUUUGGCGUCGGUUGGGGAGCUCAGGCGGGAGGAGAGUUAACGGAUUUCAUUAUCGUGUUGAGGACAAACGAUGCAGUAAAGAAUUUCUGCAGUGAUGCGCAUUUCUCUAUUGGAGCUGGUCUGAGUGCCGCUGUAGGACUCGUGGGUCGUACAGCCGAAGCUGAUUUACGAGCUGGUCUCAGUGGUUUUGCUUCUUGUUAUACAUAUAGCUGCAGCAAAGGUGCGUUUAUCGGGUGCUCUCUAGAAGGGAGUGUGGUGACAACUCGGGCUCGGGAAAAUUCGAGAUUCUACGGAAGCCAAUCGAUAAGUGCCUCGGAUAUUCUUCUCGGUUUAUUUCCUCGGCCACCUGCUGCAUCAACGCUUUAUAAUGCGCUGGGAGAUUUGUAUCUGCAGAUUGAGAGAUGAAUGCAGGGUCUAAGUUAUAAGUUUGUGCAGACUUUUUAAAGGUAUGUGAUGUGAAGUGAAGCAUGCAUGAUGCACUUCUUUGGGUGGAACAAUUGUAUAUAGUUCGUUCAGCAAAAUGACUGCUCUUGAAUUCGAAUGUCAUUUCGAUUCUUUAAUUUGUUAAUAUAAUCAAUUGGUGUACAGCAUUUAUGGCGGUUUUAUGUAAAAGUUUUUAUUGGGCUGUUUA